AUGCCAUCCUCCAAGUCAUCCGUCGACAAGCGCGACGUCUACUACCGCAAGGGCAAGAGCGACGGUUAUCGCGCCCGGUCCGCCUACAAACUCCUGCACCUCGAUGAGGAGUUUGACCUCUUUCGCGGGGUUAGCACUGCCGUCGACCUGUGUGCUGCGCCUGGCUCAUGGUCGCAGGUUCUUGGGAAGCGUUUGAGUCCCGGAACGGCUGCAGGCGAAAACCGGGUCGUGAGCAUUGACCUUCAGCCCAUGGCCCCACUCUCUGGUAUCACGACCCUUCAAGCCGACAUUACCGUACCAAAUACCGUACCCCUUGUACUCGAUGCCCUCGGCGACCGCAAGGCUGACUUGGUCAUCUGCGAUGGUGCGCCGGAUGUCACAGGUGUCCACGACCUGGACGCAUAUCUUCACUCUCAACUCAUCCUCGCAGCCCUCACCUUAGCACUCACUCUCAUGGCUCCUCACGCCACGCUCAUUUUCAAGAUCUUCCUUUCGCCACUCGACCCCAAGGCAUCUGUCCUGCGUUCGCAGCUUCGCGCCUUCUUCCCUGGUCCUGAGGCUGGCGAAUGCGGCCCCGACGACGAGUGGGCAGAGUUCGAUGAUGUGGACGUGGAGGCGAUCGAAACCGGCAACGCCCUUUCUGCCGGAUCUGCCUCGUCGCCAGCAUCUGGGUUUGAUGCGUUCGGCCGGCACGGUGGCGUCUGGGUACGCAAACCCAGGAGCAGUCGUAAGGGAAGCGGAGAGGCCUUCAUUGUCUGCCGCAACUUUGACCCAAAGUCACUCCCUCUCCCCUCGACUUUUACACCCCAAGCUCUCGAAGAGCUUCGCGAGCUCGUUGGCAGCACUCUCACUCUCGAGUCGCUUGCAUCUCUGGGCUCGGACGCGACGGCCUCGAAAGCGGACGCGGCGUGGGCGAGCACCAAGGCGUUCGUAGGCGGUGGAGACCUCUGCUUCGGCCCACCCGAUCCGGCGCCUCGCCGCUCACUUAGCAACUUGGUCGACAAUCACCGCCGUGAUGCGUCUCUGGGCAGCAUCGGCAGCCUUGAAGACGCCCCGUCUCCCAUCUCGUCAUACACCAACCUUCCGCCCGCGCUCUCACCACCCUCGCCCACUCCCUCGCGCUCGCCUCCAGGAGACAACUUCCCUACCCGCAGACGCACGAGCUUGGAUUUGUCGUUGUCAAUGAACAUUCCACAGCCCCUGCCCUCGCCGCUCCCCGGCUUUGAGGGUUCUGUGCGCGAAUUUCGCGACUUGUCCAACUCGCCACACCCACUCAGCAGUGGAGGCUUCACGGCGGCUGGCCUCGGUCUGGGGACCCCUCAUUUUGCAUCGCCCGUACCGCCAAGCCCUUCAACCAGAGAUCUUGACAUCUUGGCGAGCACGCCAUUCAACGAUAGGGCGGUGAGCCCAGCGUUGUCAUCGAGCUCCAAGACCGACGCGUUCUUUGGCACAUCGAUAAGAGAGUCGCUCCCUGUACCACCUGUCCCGCUGGCGGAAAGUCCUACUGGACUUACUAGCGGCACCUCACAGUGGGCUACUGGGCUUGGCCGUGUACCGUCAAUCGGACGCGGCCUGCCAUCCACGCGCAGCAGAGUCGCGACCGGUCCACCUGGCUCCUCAACCGAAGUCUUCGCUUCCUCCCCGACUUCGCCGACUCUCAUCGCUCCAACGCCCCUUCGGUCCGUCACUGGUCCUGCACCCCCAGUACUUGCCCAGUCGCCCUCUCCCACCCGAGAGCUGUCGUCACACCUCUCCCCUCCCGCUGCUUCGCGCGAGCGGCCAACGGUCGCUCGAGUUUGGCGACAGUCGCACAUAACGCGCGAGGCGCACCACACGGAGCCUGGAUGCCGUCCAGUCCAGGUCGGCGAUGUCCUCGUGCCAGUGGAAGACGACGACACGUUCCCCAUCAAGAGCUCGAAGGAUCCAGGGACGUGGCGGAUUAUGCAGUCGCUGGGCUUCGGGGCCUUUGCAUCCGUCUGGUCUGCCCAGCCAGUGACACAAAGUGCCGCCAAGCUGGCACAGGAGGGCGUCACACCCGUCCCCAGCCCAGAUUCUGUUGGCGUCUGCGCUGUCAAGAUGGUAGACCGCAAAGCAUGUGCACGCAGCUCGCGUAACGCCAGCGCGUUCUACCGUGAGGUCGAAGUUCUGCGUCACCUCGUGCACCAGGGCGUCGUGGGCUACGUCGCGCAUUUCUCGACGGUGUCGCACCACUGCCUUGUACUCGAGAGACUGCAGGGCGGCGAGCUGUUCUCCCUUGUCGAGGUUGACGCGAACCGCGCCCGCAUGCUCCUCCCCGGACCAAACGACCCGGAUGGAUACGGCCUCGUCCGCCGUAUCUUUGGAGAGCUUUGCCGCGCCGUCUCGUGGCUGCACGAGGUCGAGGUCAUCCACCGCGAUAUCAAGUUAGAGAACAUCCUCUUCACCGUUAACCCGUUCUCGCUCCCUCCGACGUCGACGGGCUCCGUGCCACUCGAGGAGCUCUCUGUCCCGCUUGUCAAGUUGACCGACUUCGGCCUGGCGCGCUUUAUCCGCCCCAGCUCUCCCCUUCUGCACACUCGCUGCGGCAGCGAGGCGUACGCGGCGCCCGAGGUCGUCAUGGGCAAUGUCUAUGACGGACGCAAGACGGACGCAUGGGCCCUUGGUGUCGUACUGUACGCGCUUGUGGCCGGAGAGCUGCCCUUCGAGGAUGGCGCACCGCCUGCCCACGGACGCGGACGCGCGAGCAGCACGGCAAGCACGGCAUCAGCGCAGGGUGAGCGCGAUGAGCGAGAGAGCCGCCGGCGCACGAUGCACCGCAUCGCCAAGGGUGAAUACGGCUGGCGUGAAGGCGUCGGUACGCCUGCCGUCCGCUCCGUCGUUGCGCGCCUCCUCAAGCGCGACCCUGCACGCCGUCCGCGCGUCUCCCAGCUCUGGGAGGAGCCGUGGAUGACGGCCGAGCCGGGAGCUGUCCCGCCGCCUGCUGAGGCGUUGCGUCCCCGCCGUGGCCGCAGCAUGAACGGCGACCUCGAGGAGAUUGUGGACAACGGGCACGACGACUACGCGCCGGAUAUCCCACUCCGCGCUAGCGAUGCGCCCCAUGUUGUGGUCGCUCACGGCGUACUCGUCGACCACGAGCGUAUCGACGAGCUAGCGCACGCUGAGACGCCGCUGCUGUAG